AUGUGCAGUCUAGGAUUUAUUAUCAUAAUUUCGUUUUAUAUUGAGACCAGUACCGUCACGAUAGUAAAAACAGUUUUUACUUAUCUUUGUGUAAUAGUGGAAAUUUUCAUCUUAUGCUUUGCCGGAGAGUAUCUUAGUUUGAAGAGUAAAUCAAUCUCGAAUGCAGUGUACGAAUCAUUGUGGUACGAUUUACCACCAAAUCAAGGAAAAAUAGUAACGCUCGUCAUAAUGAGAUCUCAAAAACAGCUGAUGAUCACGGCAGGAAGAAUCACAACUUUAUCUUUGGAAUCUUUCACGAAUAUUAUAAAGGCAUCAGCAUCAUACGUGUCUGUUUUACACGCGAUGUAUUAAUAGUAAAUAUGUAUAUUAACAAAUAGCAAUUUGUUCAAAUCGCAGUGUUAUUAGUAUUAUUAGUAUAAAAUCUUAAUGUAGAAUAACUGUUAUCAAUAAUUAAAUUCGACAAACUAACACACUU